AGUGCUCUGUGUGUGUAUACUGUGUGCAUGUCAUGUAAAUGAUUUAAAGGCAGGAGAGAGAGAGAGUGCCAGGCAGGAGGAACUGCAAAUAUUGUCCUCCAUCAAGUAUGAAGCCCAGCUCCAGUGUCCCUAAAUUCCUCACUAAAAUCUGGUCUUUGGUGGAGGAUCCCAAAACCAACCAUUACAUCUGCUGGAGCCAGGAUGGGAACAGCUUUGUUGUGGUGAAUGAAGAACGUUUUGCCAAAGAACUCCUGCCUAGACAUUUCAAACAUAACAACAUGGCCAGCUUUGUCAGGCAGCUCAACUGGUAUGGCUUCCAUAAGGUUUUACAUGAUGAGUCCAGCGCAAUGAGACAAGAUAAAUAUUGCUCAGGCAAAUACCAGCAUGAGUUCUUCAAGCGUGGUCAGGAAGAGCUGCUCACAAAGAUUAAAAGAAAGGUUCCUGUUCCCCGUAUUGAUGAAAAUAAAUCGGCCCCGGAUGACAUGCACAAAAUAUUGGCAUUCCUCCAUCAGCUCCAAGGACGUCAGGACAUAACAGAUUCAACUGUUGAGUCGCUGAAGAGAGAAAAUGAGGCCCUGUGGAAGGAGGUUAUUCACUUACGGCAAAAACAAUACCAGUCCCAGCCACGAUUUGAACCUGUAUCUCCAUCUCAGUCCUAUGACAGAAUGGCAAAUGCAGAAUCAAACCAGACACUAAUGAUUGACAGUACAGGAAACUACAAUGAAUUUGCAGUGCCCAAAGGAUCUAAAAGCAUUGACCAGGACUAUGAUAACAGGUCUCAGUGGACAGUUAAUGGAAAGGAAACUAGAGGCACAAAAAGAGCCUUUUCCCCUAAAGGAGAACAGUUGGAGAGCUCAACAGAAGAAGCCAGUGAGACUUUCACAAGUAUAACUCUACCUCAAAUGUUUGAGACCUAUCAGCCUGAUGACUAUGAUAACCCCACAGAUUCGUCCUCAAGUGACAGCGAGGACUUGACCAAUGAAGAUACUUUUCAUGACCCUAGCCAUUCCAGUAUGAACAUAUCUGGCCAAACACAAGGGACAAAUAAACGAUUUAAAAUCAGCUUGGAAGAACAUGAUUUUGAAACUGAUUAUAAAAUGGAGUACAGCGGAUCUGAAGAUGCAGAUGAACACAAAAACCAUUAUGGGCAUGCAAAGAAAAGGCGAAAAUCCUGUGCGUCUGCCAAGAUGGAACGCAUGUUAAAGCAUAUGCACCGGGAGAAUGUGUGCUUGACCAAGAGAGUCCUAGCCUUGGAACAGCAAUCCUUUAAGAAACUUUCGGAAAUCUCAACAGUACUAUCCACCUUAGCCGGUUACGUUAUGAACACACAAAACUUUCCAAAACCUUUUCUUUCAUCUCUUACUGCAGAUGAAAAGAGAGUUCAACCAAAGGAAAGCUAAAUUUUGCAUCCCCCCCUUGGAACAUUGUCCACCAAAAGAAACAAGUCUUAGUCCAGACUGUCCAAAUAAUGUUCUUUGUUUAAUAAUUUCAAUAUAUGUACAUGUUUUCUUUAGAUUUCCAUUAUCUCUAAACUUUUAACAUUUUAGUGAGUUUGGUUUUAUUCAGCAGUUCCAUUAAAUCUGCAUUGAAUUCCUAAGCAAACGUCUACACUGCAUUACAUAAUUUGGGCGCAAAAGAACAUAUGCAUAAAACAAACUAUAUUGGCUUUAUCAACAUCUAGUAGGGUAACAAAGUAAAAAGGAAACACACUGGAUAUUUGCAUAGUAAAAUAAAUUGAAAUUGUGUACUUUUAAGUUUUUCUAUUUUGUAUUACACAGUUUCAUGCAGUAGAAACUGAAAUGACAUCACCUUAGAACGUUGCAUCAUACAGGAGGCGAGGAACAGAAGUCCAGCCAACACAGUGUGUAGGACGUCUGGCUCUCCAACCUAUGCCAAAUAGAUGUACAGUCCAAAACUUAGUAUGAAUAAUGUACUGUAUUUAUGGAAAUAUAAUAUAAGUCGACCCUAUUGGGAAAGAAUCAAAA